GCCAGCCACAAAAGUAAAGUAAAAAGAGUGACGGGAAUUAAUGGCGGCUUUGUGUUUGUGUACAGAAAACUAAGCUAAAGUUGUGUGUGUUUGGAAGCAGUUUGAAGGCCGUUUGGAUAAAUGAUGUCUCUUCCUGUGAAAAAAGAGCCUGGAUCAAAUUCAAGUUCAGGCCCUGGGUCUGUUGGGUCAAUGCUGGAGGUCAAGAAAGAGCCCGGGGCCGGGGUCAGUGGCUCAGCCGGGGUUUCUGCCAAGGCGCAGCUGGCCAGCAAGGUCAAACUGGCCGUCGUGCAGGCCUGGAGAGAGAGAUGGUCGGAGAUUCAGUGGAGCAUUCAGCUGAAGAAGCUUCUGGCAGCUUACUCUGGAGAGACAGUGGACAUAGCAGAAAUUUUGAUGCAAAGGGCAGUGGUUGGAAGUACCCCAGUAUCUCUGAUAUUGUCUUAUUUAAAACACAGUGUAUUGUCACAGAUGAUCCCCUUCAACACUGUUCUCAAGUACAUCACAGAGUUUGAAGAUUUCUCACGUCCACAUUGUGUUCUAGCCCUCCUUCAUUUGGCAGAGAUGUUUGGCUCUAAAAUAAGUUUGAGCCCCUGCCCGGACUCGGCCCUCCAGCUGAUGCGCACUAUGCUGCGACUGAUCCACUGGCUACUCAAAGCUUUACUCAGUUGCUUGCAGAGGCUGCAAGACAACAGGCCAAACCAAGUAGCCUCUGAAUAUUUUGUCAUCAUCGACAACUCUAGCCGAGCAAUCUCCAACAUUCUGGAGCGUCGUGCGGUGCGUAGUCUGAUGCAGGUGGCUCGGGCAGACAGUGCUGAGGAAUACCGAGAGUUUGAGCAGUGUGAGAUGAAUGUCCGGGGAACCCUAACCCAGCUCUCCCCAGCCUCUAUGUCGGAGGACACGAGGGAGAAGAUCAACAAUGCUCUCAUGCUUUUAUCAAAAAUGGAGGAGCAGCAGCUUGUGCUGGGUCCCGUGCUGGAGGUUCUGCAUGCCCCGAUCUACCCGACCAUCAGCGGUCUGGUGGCCCUGGAGGCCAUCUUCAACACCAACAGCGACGUGCAGCCCUUUGUGGACCAGAUCCUCAUGGUCUCCAGGCUCAUGAAGCUGUCCAUGCCCCAGAUGUGCCUGGAGAUGUUCCGCGCCUGCUUCAUGGGCUUCCUGGACACAAGCGAGUACACAGAGGACCUGCAGUGGGCCACCUUCAUCUUCCUGAAGCUCCCACACAUCUUGUCCACCAUGAGGCAGCAGAUGCCCGACUGGGACGUGGCCAUACAGGUGGAGAAAGGCAUCGACAUGCUCAUGGAGUACUCACAUCUCCUCGACCAGACGGACAUCAAGCAGAACUAUGACAUGCUCAGUCAGUUUAUCAACGAGCUGCACAGAGCUAACAUCAUUUCUGAAGCACAGAAAAAUAUACUCACUCAGAAGAGGUUGGAACAGAGGAGCAAGCUGAGGCGGUCAGACAUUACAGGGUCCAGUGAUGCCAAAAACCUUAGUCGAGUGUCCCAUGCGGAGUCUACGGUCACCAGCAUUCUGAAGGCUGAGCGGAUGAUAAAGUCACUGGACUCUGAUCCCCUGAAGACGUCCGAGUCGAUGGUCAAGGUUCUGACCAUCAUGCACCAAGGCCACAGCUUUGACAUGUUGAGGCUGGCCGCUGCCAGCACGGGUCGCCUCGGUGACUUCAUCACGAAGCUGAUCAGGAUGAAUGAGUUUGCCUCUCAGAACAGCGGCGAGGCAUUGCGCAUCCCGAACAAGAGCCAGCUGUUUGACAUCACCUUCCUCAUGAUCACCAGCAUCUUUCAGCAGAGUGGCGUGGAAAUUGCGGCUCCCAACCGAGAGAACGAGUACACUCUGGUGUAUCAGUGGGCCAAGCGCUGGCUGCCGGAGGAAGGCCGCUACAAGAACUGCGAGUUCACCGUGGUGGAGGACCAGGACAAGGUGGACGCCAUUCUCAACCUGCUGCUCAGCAGCUCCGAGAUCGCACCCUGUGGCCGUGUGAACAGCUGGAAGGAGCUUAUCAUGUACCUACCCUAUGCCCUACAGGAAGUGCUGUACGCCCUCGAGCACAAAGCCUUUGGGAUUGACAAGGUCAAGAGUAUCAUCGAGCACCUGCGCCGACAGAGCACCAAGAGCCUGGUAGUGGUGUGCACGGCCUACCUGUGUAGCUACAUGAACAUGGUGGGGGCCGUGGCGCGUGCCAAACCUCUGGCCAUGUUGGAGUUCCUCACUGCCCCUCAAGGAGCGGAAAACAAGCAGCCAGUGCAGGUGAUCAUCGACAACAUCGUGUUCGACAUCCUGCCCGAGGGCCACCCCCAGCGACCGCUGCGGCGCUACCUGCUGUCCAACAAGAAGCUGAGCAGCGAGAUCAUGAACGAGACGCUGAAGGAGUCGUUCCACCGGGGGUGGCUCACCAUGUGUUCUCUGCACACGCUGGAGCAGCUGCUGGCCCUGCGCGGCCCUGAUUGGUUCUGCAGGGAGAUGGUGGAGCACCUCCUGAAGCAGAGCCACAUUGACGACAUGUCGCAGUCCCUCAGCCUUGCCUUCGCCAUCAUGCACUUGGACCUGGAGCGGCUGACCAUCAGCCUCCUGCAGCGCGUGCUGCCCCAGCUGCUGACCACCCCACAGACCAACACACUCACCGACCCACGCGGCUACUGCCUGGCCAAGCUCUGCGUGCUCAGCGUCACUGCCACGCACACAUCGAAGAUUGGACAGAAAGAUGUCUAUGUGAGACGAUUACACAAGCGCACUGUGGUGGAGGCAGAUCUGGAAGAUGACUUGGAUGAUUCUGAGACGUCCCCUGCAAAACUUCGCAAGUUCUCCGAACCUCAGCUCACAUUCAGUCUAGAGGAAUUCAAUCUAGAGGCCUUAGCUGAAAAAGAAGAUGGGGAAGCCUUGCCCACUUUUGACAUGAAAGAACCUUUAAACAAAGCUUUGGUGAAUCUGUUUAUGAUGAUGAACACAAUCCUGUUGAACCACUCUCUGACUCCACGGACCUGGUUCAUCGUGUCCUUCAUUCAGGAGGCCAUCAAGUGCGGGGGGCAGCAUACCCGAUUCAUCUUGCAGUUUAUGCCACAGAAUAUGCUGAACCAGUUGAUGAGGUCGUUGCCUGGCGUGUUCAGCGACGAUCACAUUCUCCACAUCUGUGACCUCUCCACCGUCUCUGGGCGGAAGAUUGCUGCCAAGGCCAUCUGCAACAACACUCUGAUUCCUCAGCUGGACAUUUUUGACUGAAGAGUAGAUGAUUGUGUGUGAAGGGUAGACGUUUUUGUGUGAAGGAUAGAUGACUUUGUGUGAAGUGUAGAUGAUUUUAAACGAAGGGUACAUGUCUUUGUGUGAAGUGUAGAUGAUUUUAAACGAAGGGUACAUGUCUUUGUGUGAAGUGUAGAUGACUUUGUGAACUUUACGACUGACAUUUCUGCUUUUCAUGUAGUUUGUGUAUGGAUACGUGCUCGCAUGUGUAUGUGUACGUGUGUUGGUAGUGGAUUGUGCAUUGACCGAAAAAUGAAUGUGAAUGUCUGCCUGUGAGAAUUGUGUAAAAUAUGAUACAUGAAUGUCUGAGGUAUGAUGAGCUGUACUGCUUGGAUUGGCAAUGGAAUUGAAUAUAUGGAGAUUUAAGUGUAUUUGUUGUAUUUAUGUAUUAAAAUGUCAUUUCAUUUAAAGAAAA